AUGCCUGACCCAAAAGACAAGGAGAAGCGGAGACGUGGACAUGGUCAAGGACAAAGUCGUGAUGUCCAAGUCUCCAAAGCAUUAAGCCUGCUUCUGCGACAUGCCGCGGAGAAGGAAGGGCUCAAGAUGAACGCGCAGGGUUAUGCGAGCGUGCCAGACGUGUUAAAUUGGAGGAAACUCAAAUCGCUAAAAGUCACGUUCCCUGAGAUUCUGCACGCCGUCGACUCGUCCGAUAAAAAGCGCUUCGCUCUCCUUCACAUUCCAUCCGCACAACCCACCAAAUCCACAACACAAGCAACAACAAUACCAGUGUCAACCCCCGAUGCAGAGCAUGAUGCCAGCACCAUCGUAGGUGGAGAACAACCCGCGACAUCGGUCCUGGAGUCCGCGCCCGCCACGAGCGAAGCCCAACAAACAGCCACGGACCAAGCACUAUCCGUAAAAGACACCGACCCGUCAAACUUUUUAAUUCGCGCGACACAAGGCCACAGUAUCAAGACUGUAGAUGCUGCAUCCUUCCUCGAGCCGCUUUCUCUGUCCGACGAAUCGAAAUUACCCAAUACCGUCGUCCACGGCACAUUCCACGCAACCUGGCCUGCGAUUCUACAAUCCGGUGGGCUACGCUGCAUGGGUCGGAAUCACAUUCACUUUGCUACUGGCCCAUCAUUAGAAUCAGUUCUUGCUAUUCACACUGAUGACGCUGCGCGGGAUAAAUCGACGCAAGACGACCCCGGUGUUAUCUCGGGCAUGCGGCGCGAUGCGCAGGUUUUGAUUUAUAUUGAUAUACGCAAAGCGCUGAAAGCAGGGGUGCCGUUCUGGCGUAGUGAGAACGGGGUUAUUCUGAGUGAGGGCAUACCUGUUGCGAAGAGUGGACCUGCUGAGAAGGGCGAGGAGCAGAAGUUCGUCUCGCUGGAGUUUUUCGAUGUAGUAGUGGAGCGCAAGGCUGGGCUGGGUAAACUCUGGGAGCAUGGGGAGGUUCUACAAGAACUUCCAGAGCAUUUCACGAAGAAAGGGAACCCUAAGGCCCGGCGAUGA